CUCACCAUGGCAUAUUUGACCGAUGGGGCAAUGAACAUAGAUGUCAAAUCUUUAGGUUAAGUGAGUUCUCACCACUCACACUGAGUUGCUUGAGCAGCAAAAUGCUCUCACUCUCGAUCCAGUUCAUCUGUCUGUCAAAUGCUCAAAUAUUCAUUCUCAGAGUGUCGAAAACAAAGCGCGUGAUAAAAUCGAAAACCAGAAUCGCGAGUUUUAAUAUCAAUAUUUUGAGUGAUAAUUUGUCACCAUGAGUGCAAAACGAACCCUGCAAAAGGAUAUUGUCCUGAAUGUGGUUGAGCAGAUAAUUGGAUCCGAUGGGAAAACUCAACGAUUCCAAUGCCGUGCGAGUUCAGACGAAGAACAACCAUGCAGCUACGCACAGGUAACGUUUGUUCCUGGCAACUUUAAGCGCCAUCUGAUAAGUAGCCAUCCGGAUAUUGCGAGAGAACUCGGAUUUUCAUUAGACGAACCUCCGGCCAAAAAACCACGCAGCUCCAAAUUAUCUGUGGACACUUCACGGAACGAAGUGCUGCUGGGGACUUUGCAACUGGCAACUGGCCACAAUAUGCCUCUUCGGUUUCCAGAAUGGGAAGGAGUAAAAACUCUUAUCUUGCCCUUGUGGAAGGCAGCUGGAUUCAACUUUACUCGCGAUAAGCUCGCCAAGUUGAUUACAACAGCGGCUCAAAUUAUGCGAUCAAUAAUCCAGAAGGAGUUGAAACAGAGGAUAAUUUGUUUGAAGAUCGACUCUGCCUCCCGUAAAGGCCGGUCGGUUUUUGGAAUCAACCUUCAGUACAUAGAUGAAAAUGGGAACGUGUGUAUUAGGCAUCUUGCUGUUCGAGAGAUGAUCGAACGUCAAACAAAGGAGAACUUACGAAAGGUUCUAGAAGAAGAACUGCAACUAAUCGCUGUUAGCCUUGAACAACUGCUAACUGUUACCCACGAUAAUGGGGCAAACAUGUUGGCUGCUGUAAGGUGCCUCAGAGCUCUCCUAAAGUUUUGCGAAGAAAGUGAAGAUGUACCUCUGUCCACUGUCUUUCGGAAAGAUGAUAGCUUGCAGCAUUACAUUGAUGAUGGCAGUGCUUCUGAAGCCGAAGAUAGUGACAAGGAAGAACUGGUCGAAGAUUCAGGUGAAGCGGAUGAACCCAUUUCUGACGAUUUUAGCAACGGACAAGGGGAUGCUGAGUUCGAUUUGCAAGAUGAGCCGGACGAUAUUGAUGUUGAUCUUCUUGAGAGCAUCAGAUGUGGCGCCCAUACCGCACAAUUGGCAGUAUGGGAUGUUAUUAAGCCAUACAAGCGGAGAUUAAACGCAAUAAACAAAUCGUGUAUAAGGAUGCGGCACAAACAGUUUCAGCAGUUUUUCCGGCUCCACAAAGUUCCACUUCCUCCAAAGGUCAACGAAACUCGUUGGAAUGUCUGGUACAUCCUGCUAAGGUAUCUUCGAUCACUGAAGGAUGGUCCUUUCUUGAGCGUAUUGCAAAGCCAGGAUUCUUCACUAGACCUAUCACGGCACUGGCACUUUGUUGAUAAAUUUUGUGUGGCCUUUGAACCAAUGUUCGUUCUGACUAUGAAGUUGCAGAAAGACCACGUGCCCAGGGCUGGCAAAUCUCUGGACGUGCCUCUCUCACAGUUUUAUGUAGAUUGGCUGACGUGUAUGGCUAAACUGAAUGCGGCUAAGGAUAAUACACUUGCGUUGAAGCUUUUCAAAGCAAUGGGAUUGAGAUUGGAAAAGUUGAAUACGAACAUGGCUUUCAAGGCAUGUUUAUACUUGGACCCUCGAUUCAAUUACAUUGGAUCCAGACGGCUGUCCAAUGACGAUAAAGCUUCCGUGCUGAAAUACCUUAUUGCUUUGAAUAAACGGUUGGACGAGAUAUCUGGAGCUGAUACUCAGGCUACGGAAGGAGAAGAUCAAACUCAAAUUCAAAACGACAUUGUUGAAGACUUUCUUGCUGGGCUUUUUGAAGAGGAUAAAGAUAUUGCUGCGCCUGGUCGAGAGGCUUCUGACAGUUUGCUAGGAGAACUCGUAAAACUAGAAUCUAGACCGAAAGUCAACAUCACUACAACUCAUCCAAUCGAUUCUAAACAAAACUCAACAACGUUCCAAGCGCAACCAGUGAUAUAG